ACAAGAUUUCACUACCACUCUACUCUCUCUUUAGCUAUCUAAUUAAUUAAUUAGUUAAUUAAUAAUAAUUAACUCUUUAGCUAGCUACACGAUGAUUCAGUACAUGCUGCUGUUCAGCCGACAAGGCAAACUCCGUCUCCAAAAGUGGUACAACCCAAUCGACAUGAGAGCCAAGCGCAGGACAACACGUGAGCUUAUAACGAUGAUACUGUCCCGUAAACCCAAGAUGUGCUCCUUCCUUGAGUACAGAGAUCAGAAGAUUGUGUACAAGAGAUACGCUAGUCUGUUCUUCUGUGUGGCUAUUGAUAGUGGUGAUAAUGAGCUGCUCACCCUGGAGAUUAUUCACAGAUAUGUGGAGCUGCUGGACAAAUAUUUUGGAAGUGUUUGCGAGUUGGAUAUCAUAUUCAACUUUGAGAAAGCAUACUUUGUCCUUGAUGAACUGCUGAUAGCGGGUGAAGUGCAGGAGACGAGUAAAAAAAGCGUGCUAAAAGCAAUAGCAGCUCAGGACAUGUUGCAAGACGAAACGGAGAGCAAGACAGGUCUGGACGAAAUGGCUGACAAGAAAAAGCUGGGGUUGAGCGGUGGUUUGCCGUAAUUUGGGGGUUGAAUUAUGUUGAACUGUUGAACUAUUGCGAUGUUGAAGUGUCCGUUAUAUUCCGAAUUAAUGUUUAACAUUGUACAUAAUAUUAUAAAACUCAUUUUUGUUGAAGUUGGAGUUCGACAAAUUAAUUGAUUGCACAUGCACAUAGCACAUUUGGAACCUUUGACGAAUUUUAACUCCACUUUAUUCUUGUAAAUUUUUGUUAAACAGAUUGGAACUACUAUCACGUCUACAAAAUUUCCUUUUAUCAAAUUUGUGCUCUCAUUUGACAAGGCAGAAUUAUCUCAUAGGAUGUAAAUUAAAAAGAAUUUGAGUGUAUGUAAACAGUACUGGUACUCUCAUGCUACAAUUAAAUCUUCAUAUUACUGUGCAGUCGGCACCUUAGUGCUGAAUUUGAGCUGCAUGACACUUCACAGUGUAGCGGUGACUGUGCAGUAAUAUCUUGCAGUUGCGUCACUCAUGUUCUGUUGUGAAGUUGUAUUUCGUUUGACUCUGCUGGACAGAUAUUCAAAACAUAUAGAACAGAAAGUCUUGACUUUUAUUAGGGGACAUGGGGAUUUGUGAUUGUGGCAUUUAUUUUCAGUUUUGAAUGCUAUUUUAGCGAAUGUUGGUUCGAUGAUAUUGAUAAAAAGUUGUGUCUUAAAUAUCUGUUUUCAUUUAUUAUGGAA